AAUUUUUUUUGGCGGUGAUCGCAGGAGCCGACCAUUUUGAUUACGAAAAACAACAACGAUCACCAAGGACGACUCGCGUAACCAUGGUAGCCAUAGUUACGAAAAAAUAACAGGCUGAAAGAUAGCCGGAGAAAUGGGUGCGAAAAUGUCUCGCCGUAAAGGGCGGAAGGACGCUGCGGCCCCCGAGGAGGCCAGUACGGUCGAGGAGUUGGCCACUCCGCGUACGGACGAAGCUGACGUUGACCGGGUUGCGGGUGGCGGACGGGUUGACGGGGGUGAUGAUUCGGCGGGGGGAAUUCCGGAACCGGAUCCGCCGGUUCUGGAACAAAAUUUAACUGACUCUUGUUUUGACCAUUCCGAUGAACCGGCGGAUCCGGUUCCGGAAGCCCCGGUGGUAAUUGAAAUUCCUUUUCCUUUAAAUAACUCUUUGGACAAUACUGCGGCGGUUCCGAUUCCGGAACCGCCCGUAGAUCAAAAUUCUACUUUGAAUGAUUUGUCUAUUUCAGGGGGAAUCGAGGGCCAAAUCGAUGAGAUUACCGUUGCUCCGAUACCGGAUCCACCGGUCAAGGAGCAAAAUUUAAACGACGAUUCUUUGGAAAAUUCCGAAAGACCGGCGGAUCCGGUUGAGGAAUCAACGGUAAUCGAUUCAGUUGAAUGUUCGGAACCAACUGCGGCGGCUUCCAUCUUGGAACCGCCCGCAGAACGUUACGUUCGCAAAAUUAGUUUGGAGGAACUUCCGGAACAACCAAAUUUUAAGGUAUUUCCAAAUUCAAAAAAAUCUGUCCGUUUUUUAGAUGAAGCCCAGGUUCAGGAGUUUACAGUUGAGGAAUCCUCAAUCCCGACUUUUUACACGGUUCUGGUUAAAGAUUCCCCAGAAUCUGUUCCGGAACUUCCCAUUCUAAAUUCAAAACAAGUAAAAUAUUUUUGGUGUUACACCUGUCAAAAUUCUCGUACGAAUUCUUUGCCCUGGUUGCUGCGAUUGCGCUAUUCAAAAUUUUCGAUGUGGUUGCGCCAUUUGUUUUGUGGUUCGAUGUUUUGCGCGGUUAUUGGUUUGCUUGUUUUUGUUUGAAUUUUUAAUUUUUUUUCUCGUUUCAUGAGCUGUUUCUUGUUUGGAGCGUUUCUAGCAAUUACAGAUGACGAUUUAUGACGAAUGAUGACGAUAAUGAUUAAAUGCGAUGAAUAUUGAAUGGAUUAGUAAAAUGCCGAAUUUCUGGACUGGACUGGACGAUACUGACGGAGAGGCCUUUGACUGGAGAUUUGUUAUUAUGAAUGAAAUGUAUUUUAUUUCUGUAUUCCAUUUUUGCAUUGUAUGAAAUAAAUGUAUGAAAACAUUGAAAACAAUUCUUGACUUUUUUUU